AUGUAUCGGAAGUUGUCUAAGUUAGAACACUCGGAAAUAAAACAACUUCUUACAGAAGCUAAUAUAGAUGUUGCAAAGCAUUACGCAACAAACAAAAAAGCACUCACUGACUUCAUUAAAGACUAUAAUGGUGCAAUAAGUUAUGAUAGAAUUCAUGAGUUCAUAAAGCCGCAACGCGGCGAGGACGAAGUCCAUGCAAGAGCAUUUCCUUUAAAUGACGUUGCUAUUGACUUAUAUCAUAGACGUUCAGUACCUCAUGAAGUAAGAAGAGAAAUGUAUGACAUAACAAAUGCAAACGUUGGUGAAACAAGAAGAAGAGACGACACACUGAAACAACAGAGAAGAGAGAUGUUUAAGAGCGCUAUAGAACAAGUUCGCAAAGCUAACGAUGUCAUUCGUUCCAUUGACGACAAACCAAAAGAAGGUGAGAGA